GAUUGGUAUCAGUUUCCCUCGGAUUUGGAAGAAUCUCUUAAAUCACAAGUCGGGUCAGGAUCUGCUCUCGGCCUCUGCUUCACGCGUAGAUAUGCGGAUCGUAAUUGGGCACCUACUGGUGUCUGCUUUUCUUCUCCGGGAUGUCUCUGGCCAAUCUAUUGUAACACCAACGAUUGUCAUCACCACACAUGUAUCCGCAUGUACACUGUCGAGCACCGGUGUAUUGUUCACUACCACGUCAGUUGCCACGGAUCUAUCAUCCCGAAGUUUGAUCCCAUCAGGCUUUGUUCUUUCUUCGUCUGCGCUUUCUGGUUCUGUGACGUUGGGGACUUCUUCUUCGUACAGUAGUGCUCCAAUCGUGUCAAGCUCGAUUUCGACUGCGUCCAGCUCUUCCACUGCAGCACCGUCUGCAGCACCUCAGUGUGGUCAGCCAUACUCCGGAAGCAAUGGAACAGAAUACCAGAUCGCCUGCGGGCAGACCUACGAUGGCGACAUCAUCGCUCCGUCGCAAGCAGACAGCACCCUCAACCGCCGUCAGCAGAGUGCACCUUCUUUUGAGGCUUGUAUCGAAUCUUGCGAGACUCUGUCUCAAUGUGUGGCCUCAGCUUUCCUACUUGGAGAGUGUACUUUGCUGUCAGCAAUUACUCGCAUCGUCAACACCGCAGGAGCUGUAGCAGCCAUCAGAGCCGAGUAUGUUGCCGUCCUGGCCGCCCUUGCUAGCCCAAGUACUGCCACCUCUGCAACGGCGCCUGCUCCUACCGUGAUCACUGCUACGCAAGGGUACUCAUCCGCCAUCGAAGACCAUCUGUCUCAAAAAAUCUCGGACAAUGCACCAGUCCCUACAAGCGAUAACACGGUAGUCUACGUGACCCCGAGCACAGAUCCAGCCAUGACCAGCACUUCUGUGCCAGCAUACUCCUCGCAGAUCUCCGACUACAUCUCGCAACAUCUGUCAGACAAUGCACCCAUCCCCACUGGUCCUGACACUGCCGUCUACAUCACUAGCUCGACAUCUUCUGAGCUUCUCAACAGUAGCGCUCUUGAUAGCUCGACUGCAGCAGCGCCCUCUGAGAUAACAACCCCUACGUACAUCGCUAGCGGGUCAUACACCCCCGGAGUCUUCCCAUCAAUCGAGAUCUCGUCCGAGGUCGUCCUUCCUAGUGUGACUUCUUCAAGUGGCUCUGCUGUGAUCAGUCUAUCCCAGAGCGUGGCUACAAAUAGUUCAUCGGUGCUAUCGAGCGUUCCGUCCCCCUCAACAACAUCAACUUCAACAUCGCAAUCGACGUCGGCUGCCCUCAGCUCUCGCUCAAGUUCUUCUUCUUUGUCGAGCUCCGCAGGCAGCCCGACAUAUGUCUCUUCGAGCAGCUCCAGCCCUACUAGCUCAGCUACGCCGUCGUCAUCUUCUCCCUUUUCAAGCUCACCUUCUCCUCUUCCAUCGAGCUCGAACAGCCCAGUUUCUGCUACAUCGGCACGCUCCAGCACAUCCAUUUUGAGUCAGUUGUCUUCAUCGUCCAGAUCUAGCUCCUCAAGCACCCGGUCGAGCUCCAGCACUCGAGCGAGUUCCGCGUCGUCGUCAGUGCGCACUUCGUCUUCGUCAACCCGGACAAGCUCUACCGCAACUGCUGUACCCACACCUGUGCGAAACUUCGGCAAGCGUGGUCUUGCAUACAAUCAAGCCAAUCUCACUAUGCCCUUUUCUCUCAGUGGACAGAACAGUCAGGUAUCUUGGGCUUAUGAUUGGUACUACGCUCCAUGUAGCACGCCUGGUGUCAAUGACUGCAACUUCAAUCCCGCUCUUGAGUUUGUUCCUCUACUCUACAACAGCGAUCCAAACCUUCUCAAUAAUUGGGCUUCUGCAGCACAAGUUGCCAUUGACAACGGCUCUGCAGCUCUCAUGUCUUUCAACGAGCCUGAUUUCUGUAUCGCUGGCAGCGCUUGUAUGAGUGUAGAUACGGCUGUGAGAUAUCACCGUCAAUACAUGCAGCCCUUUGCCGGCAAAGCUCUGAUCGGCGCACCUGCCGUGACUAACGCUGGCGGCACUGAUGCCAAUCCCCAAGGCCUGCAAUACCUCCAAUACUUCCUCGGCAACUGUACUGACUGCACAAUCGACUUUAUCAAUCUCCACUGGUACAGCAACAAAUAUGCCGGAGCCUCGUACUUUGAAUCUCACAUCAAUUCCGCACGUGCAAUAGCUGCUGGCCGUCCUAUCUGGAUCACAGAGUUUGGCUUGAAUAGCGAGUUCAGCUAUACGGAUGCAGAAUUGCAGGCUUUCUUGCAGAAAGUCAUGCCUUGGUUAGAUCAGCAGCAAGAUGUGGCCAGAUAUGCUUACUUUAUGGAUGCACCUGGGAUUUUGAUUAAUAGUGCUGGCAAUGCUAUCAGUGGAACGGGUAUUGUGUACAACAGCUUUACCAACAGUACGAGGCAGCCGAAUGCGUACACUUGAGUUAUGGAUGGCAUUGAACCUGGGAGGGACUUUGGCGGUGGUGCAAGUGUAGUAUGGUGUCUUCUCCGAUUUUUUCCAAUUUGUUUGACCUUGAAUGUCGGAUCCCAUUCUCCAACCAUAUGCCCCAAUUACCUAAAAUAGACCCUGCCUUUUGAUAGCAUGACUUCCGCCAGGACCUCACAUCGUGGAGAGACCUCGACCAGCGAGGUACCCCUGACGUGUACU